UAAUAGUAAAUUGCACGUCAUGAAAUUUUCUCUAACUUGCUUUAUUAAUGCAUACGUCUCAACCAAAUAUUUCUUCUUGGUUUAGAGAAAAUAAGUAGCAGAGAAAGAAAGAAAGAAAUCAAGAAAGCAAGAAAGAAAGAAAGAAAGAAAGAAGGCCUUGCGUUUCUCAUGAACCGUGGUGUCGUAUUGGGUUUCUAUUGCUGGGGCUGGGAGUUCCUAACUUCCCUCCUUCUCUUCUCCAGCUAAACUCUUCUUCUUCUUCUUCUUCUUCUUCUCCUUCUUUUUCUUCUUUACAAGCUUUUUUUUUUUCUUCUGUAGUUUUUCUUUUCCUGCGUUAAUGGAGGUUAUAAGCGAUUGUGAUCGGAAUCUAAUUGUAAGUCAUAAAGGUUUAGUAUUGGAUCAGUACGUGAUGAGAAAGUCAACACCGCCGCCGUUCUUGGUCAAAACGUAUAUGCUGGUGGAGGAUCCGGAGACGGACGACGUCGUUUCAUGGAACGGAGAAGGGACAGGGUUCGUGGUGUGGCAGCCGGCGGAGUUCGCCAGAGAUCUCCUCCCCACUCUCUUCAAGCACAGCAACUUCUCCAGCUUCGUCCGCCAGCUCAACACUUAUGGAUUUCGGAAAGUUGCAACAAGAAGAUGGGAGUUCUGCAAUGACAUGUUUCAAAAGGGAAAAAAGGAGCUUCUAUGCAACAUUCGCAGAAGAAAGUCUUGGCCUAAUAGCAACAAGCAAGUUUCUACUCCUCCACAAGAACAAAAACAAGAACAUCAUCAUCAGGUUGAUGAUUUAGAUCAACGGUCAUCGUCCACUUCAUCAUCCGGCUACGUUAUUCUGAUGGAUGAGAACAAACGUCUGAAGAACGAGAACGGAGCUCUAAGCUCGGAGCUGACCACGGUGAAAAGAAAGUGCAAGGAGCUUUUAGAUUUGGUCAACCACUAUUCACAUUUUCAUGAUCAUCAUGAUCAUCAUCAUCAUCAUGAUGUGAUCAUCGAUGAUGAUGACGAAAAUGAUGGUGAUAUUGAUGAUGAGAGGCCAUUAAUGUUGUUUGGAGUGAGGCUGGAAAUUCAAGGAGUUGAUCAUCAGAGGAAGAGAAAGAUGAAUAUCAGAAAGAGAUCAGCGGCUGAGAUUUACCAAAACGCCACCAAUGUCUUAUUACCACAAUCAUGCAAAUGAUUAUGCUAUAUCUCAAUUUGAUAUUAAAUUAAAAGUUGAGUGUUCUAAUUAGUUUUACUUCAAAUGAUAUUUAAUAAAUAAUAUAUUAAAAACUGUAGUGUUAAUGUUGUGUAAUAGUUGGCAAACAAAGCUCUUGUUAGAAUCAAACUUUUAUCAUAGAAUUCUUGGUUGGGAUAAUGUGUGAUUGAACACUAUCUAUUUAUAUAUCUAUUUGUCAA